CCCAUAGUUCGGGACCCGACCAGUUUAAGUUCAUUAGCUUUACCGUACGGCUGGCACUAUUUCUUCUCGACUCUACAACAGUCAUGGAGAUCCCGUCUUUGACGGCGCCAGCAAGGCCAGGCUUUGCCUCUCGCACGCCGCCGAUUUUCAGCUCGCUUCCUUUAGCUUCUUUCCAUUUUGCCUUUUCCGAGGCUCUGUUUUACACACCUCUCACACUCUUUUGAAGCACUGUGUCGACGAUCUCUCCUCCGUGUGAUCUUCUCUCGUUUAGGCCUGCCCUGACCCUCGUUGAAUUUCACCAUCAUUCCUUCAGUCACUCGCUUUACCCUAUCAUGCCUGUACAAUAUACAAAGUAAUACCCUAUUGUCAACGCCAGUCGUCGUGCACUCUGUCACGUCCUGGCAAAGCAUCCCGUGGCGCCCCAACCCGACGACUCCCUACCUCAACGACAAGAGCUCUCAUCCCAGUGGCACACACAUGGAGAUGGAGCACACUGACCGGGGUCGGGGUCGGCCGGUGUCGACUUCGACAGCGAGGUCUCAUCAGACGACUGGAUCUCUCUCACCGAACCACAACCACGUCUAUGCCGGCUCUGCUUCUGGCCGCCAGUCGAAUGCCUCGCAGGCGACGUUCGUGUCGACCAUCAGUCAAGAGAAGGAACAGCUGAAGUGGGAUGCCGACAAGGAGCUCAAGCGCGCGUCUAAGACGCUCCUGAAGAUGCAGAAGUGGAGUCUGUUUCUCGGCCUCCUCAUAAUCAACGGAGUCGUCAUCUGGGUCGCCGUCCAGUAUCCCCAAGCCUACUACUUCACCAUCGUCCUCCUCAGCGCCAACACCGUCUUUCAGGUGUUUAUGAUCCUCUGCAUCUGUGUCGUCGCCUUCUACACGCACAUCCUCAGUCGACUUUGGCGCAAGAAGGCAGCGAAGCCAGAGACGCCCGAGUCCAUCGUCUACCUCUUGCCCUGCUACAAUGAGAACUUGGAGGAACUCACCCGGUCUCUCGACUCGCUGGUUGUCCAGAGGAACGUCGUCGAAAAUCCCAAGUUCAUCCUGGUCGUCGUCGAUGGGAACGUCAAGGGCCCCGGCAUGACCAAGACCACGCAGGAGUACUUGCUCCAGGACAUCUUCGGCCCCGGCCACUUCCAGCGCUUCCGCAACGGAUACCGCGCCCACGACGGCCUCCACAUGUCGGUCGAUGUCCAGCACGGCACCUUCAAGGGCAUCCCGUACCUCUUUGUCGGCAAGGCCCAGAACAUGGGAAAGCGCGACUCCCUCUGCUUCGCCCGGUCCUUCCUGUACCACUACAACCGCCGCAGCGAGAACACCGAAACCAUCUUCAAUAGGGAGCUUUUCGACUACAUGGGCACUCUCCUCCUCCAGGCCGGACUGGAAAAGGUCGACCUGCUCGCUGGCAUGGACGCCGACACCGUCUUUGACGAAGACUGCAUCCACGAAAUGCUCAAGGUCCUCCGCGAUGACCCCAAGCUCGUCGCCGCCUGCGGUCACGUCUGCGUUGACUACGACGGCAGGCAGUGGGGCAUCUGGUCCAUGUACCAAGGUUUUGAGUACUCGCUCACCCAAGGCCUUCGCCGCACUUUCCAGUCGGUGGUCACGGGCAAGGUCAACUGCCUCCCCGGUUGUUGCCAGCUGAUCAAGGUCUGCGAGGAGACCUUUGGUGAUCUCAUCCUGCGCGAGAAGUUCGGCUACUGCCCCAAGCCCAACGACCUCAUGACCACCCAGAUCAUGGGCAUCUACUCGGAGGAUUCCAUCCACGCCACCACGUUCUUCUCGCUCUUCCCCAAGACCCAGACCGCGCAGGCCCUCCGCGCCAAGGCUUACACCAUCGUCCCGCAGAACUGGAAAGUUUUCCUGUCCCAGCGCAAGCGUUGGUCGCUGGGCUCGGUGUCGAACCAGUUCACCAUGAUCUUCCGUCCCGGUAUUCUCUGGAUCGAACGUCUCCUGUCCCUCGUCACGGUUGCCACCUGGGCCAUCACCCCCUUCACCGUCGCCGCCAUUGCCCACUUGAUCAUCGCCUUCGUCAGGCAUGGUACGGAUCUGUGGCACGACCCUCCGUUCCUCGGCCUGUUUACUUUGCUGGCUAUUAAAUAUGUGUACUCAUUUGCCAUCUGCUUCUGGCUUUGCCGCAACACCGUUGAGCGCAUCCAGUAUGCCCUCGGCUACCUCAUGCACAUCAUCGCGGGCCCUUUUGUCAACCUCUUCAUCUUCCUCUACUCUAUCUACUACUCGGACGACUUCAAGUGGGGCAAGACACGCGAGGUCAUUGGGGACGAGGAGAAUGGCCGCAUGUGCCACCAGUGAUUCUAACAAUGCAGUGGCGAACUAUUAGACUUAAGACUCGGACGGCACUGCGUCAUGACCAAGCGACUUUGCGUUUGGCUUUUUGGUUACCUUACUGCUUUUUCGUGAUUCUACUUCGGGUAACUACAUAUUCAUGACUAUGCAUCAGCGGUAAUUCAAGGGCCGGGUAUUGAAUCUACUUACACCAUGGUCUUGUGUAUAGAUAGUUAGGAG